AUGUUUUUAACAUUCUUUUUGGACAAAUGUAUUCCAUGCUUCCUGGCACUAGGUUCAAUUCCUAUUGGGUUUAUAAAUAGAAAAAACAAAUUCAAGAAAAUAGAGAAUCAUAAAUAUGCCCUGCUCAGCACAAUAGUUAUGAACAGCUUCUUAAUUUAUAUAAAUAAGUUUUUCGGUCUAUUAGGGAUAUUUAAUUUUUUUUUGGGAAACUAUCUAUGUCUAAUCGGUAUCACAGGUGGGAUUGCAGUGGGGAAGUCAACAUUCUGUAAUUUUCUAAAAAAAAAGGACGUGGUUGUCAUUAAUGCAGACGAAAUAACGAACCAGAUAUACAAAAAGGGAUCAACAUGUUACAAAAAAAUUUUGAAGCAUUUUGGAGAGGAAAUCCUGAACAAUGACAAGUCUAUUAACAGAACCUUGCUACGAAAAAUUGUCUUUAACAAUGAGGAAAAUGUUAAGUACAUCAAUAAAAUCACCCACACAUAUAUAAUAAUACAGAUAAUUAAGGAAUGCUUAAAGUAUAAAUUUUUGUACUUUAAAUAUAAUGUAGCGAUAGAGGCGCCUCUGUUAAUUGAAACUAAAUUGUAUUUAUUGACCAGCCCCGUUAUACUUCUUAAAUCGUCCGUGAAGAAUCAGAUAACGCGUAUAUUAUCUCGAGACAAAAACUGCACGUACGACACGGCAAUGAGCAUAAUCAAAAACCAGUUACCAACGGAUGAGAAAAUAAAGUACGCGGACAUUAUCAUAAACAACGAUGGGGAUUUACUAGACCUGCAGAUGAAAUGCGACGUGGUUUAUAACAAAUACUUAAAGAGUUUUUUCUUUUAA